AUGUCCCGAUCGUUAAGACAGACGACACUUGUCUUCAGUGCCGACAAACCGAUUGGUUUGGAUUUGGGACACAAACCAAAGCCACCGAAGAAUAAACGUAAACAACCGAAGAAGAAAUGCCCGAAAGUGGUGAUUGACUCGGAAGUGGUGACCAUCGAUGACACCAGUGAUGACCAGAACGACGGCAUCGAUGAGUUCCCGAAGAAUGCGCACAACGAAUGCAAACCAUCGACGAGUAAACGCAAGAAAUGUGUUGAUCCCGAAGAGUCCGCUCAUAAGGAAGUGGUGACCAUCUGUGACACAACCGAUGAUAACAUCGACGCCAAUAUGGAUGACCCGAUCCCAGACGUGAAACAAGAAGUGGACAGCGAUUCGGAUGCCGAAGAAGAAACGGUUGACAAGAAUCUACUUCUCAGUGAUUACGACAUUCCAUUAGAAUUGAAAUUGGAUUUAAUCCAAGAUUGCAAUGAAAACCAUGUAUUGGUUCCGGCGCUGAAGACCCGCAAAGAAGUGCAAAUGGAUUGCCUUUCGCUGGGAUUGGAGCUAAACAUCGACGACUCGGAUGACGAGUCAGAUGAUGAUUGUUGUGUCACUUAUGGCGCCAAAUAUGAAGUGGAAUCCAUUUAUGAGAUGGGAGUCAACGACAAGACCAAAGUAAUUGAGUAUUUAGUGAAGUGGAAAAAUUGGGCCAAAGAGCACAAUACGUGGGAACCGACCAGUAAUCUGAGUCAAUGCAAACAACUGUUGCAAGAGUUCCGACACAUCCAUCAACUGAAAGACACUCAACUCAUGGAAAUGUAUCACAACUAUUAUAAACUGAAGGCCAUUGUGGAAGACAUCUGUGAGAAGAAGCUCGAUAUGGAUGUAAUGACCGCUCUUUUGGUGGCCUUCAACGACAUUUCGCUCAAGAGUUUCGCGUAUUCUAAGACUAGUGUCAGAAAAUUGAGAAUUGAGUUAAAAGCCAAACAUUUGUCACGAAUCGACAAAAUCUCCGAAAUCACAAACACUGAACGCCGAGUGAUUAAAAUGCAGGAACUGUUCAACAAAUUGAUGAAUGAUUUGAAUCUCAAGAAACGGUUCCAAAGUUUCGACGACUUCAACGAGUUUUAUAUAAAACGAAAACAAACGCAACACAUGCUCUCCAAAUGGGAGAACGGCAUGAAUAAAAUCAUCCAAAAGGAAAGGGAGGGACAGGUCAUCAAACUGGAGAACUAUGUCGACGUCGAUGUGCCGCCGCAUCACUUCGAGUACAUCUCGAAGUGCAAGACAUUUGACUCGAGUAUCCAAAUCAGUGACGACCCGCCCCUCUAUUGCGAGAACUGCGAAGACUGUGAGAGUCCGGGCAGCGGGUGUUGUGUUGAGUCCAAUAAUACGAUUAUCGUUUACAACAGGAAUAAGUCGACCACAAUCUUUGAUUCACGCAAAUACAGGAAUGCGAUCUAUGAAUGUAACUCCAAAUGCAAGUGCACUCAAGAUUGCAUUAAUAGAGUCGUACAGAAGGGCCGAAAGCAUAAAAUUGCUAUUUUCAAAACCGAUGACAACAAAGGCUGGGGAGUCCGAGCGCUGGAACCGAUACCAAAGGGCUCUUUCGUAAUGGAAUAUAUCGGAGAGAUUAUCACAAUAGAAGAGGCGGACCGUCGCGGCCGUCAGUACGACGCCGAGGGAAUCACUUAUCUCUUUGAUCUC